AUAUUUCCAUAUGUUUCUUCCACCUACUUUAGUCUGUUCACCUGUUAUUUAGCAAGAGGGAGAGUUUAUGGGUGCAGUGAGUUGUUAUCUUCUGAAAAUUGUGGGUUCUAUUCCAGUUUCUUCCUGUCCAGUGUUGUUGUGCUCCAAGGCGAGGUACUAACCCCCAUCAGUCUGUGUACUGGUGUAUGAAUGAAGUGUGUGUGAAUGUGGCUCAAGUGUAAAGUACUCUCAGUGGUUGCUAUGACUAGAAAAGUCACAUAUAAAUUCAGUCCAUUUAUAUUCUGCAGUGUUUAAAACUUGUCCACAGAACUGAGAAAAAGACAGAGGUAAACCAGACAGAAGCUUCAGGUGAGCUCCAAAGCUUCCACUAAGACAGCAGUAGCGGUAACUAUUGUUUGCUGCAUUCAGUGUUCGUGUUUCCUUUUUUUUUUAGAUGCUAAUCAUGCAAGAUGGGUGGGAUCUUAAAGUGUCCCUAGUGGAAGCUGCCUUGAGGAAUUUUAAUGAGCUUUAAUUGCUCUGCUGUUCCAUUGGGCCACAACAUUCACAUCAAGACUGAGCAGGUCUGAGGAUCAUUUCUACAGCGGGACAACUAGGUAGGUGUCUAUGAUUCUCUUGGCAAAGCUGUAUUAACAAGAUGACUUGCUUUGGUAGAGAAAUAUUAACCCACUUUCAGGCCAGUCCCAAACAUGAUGGGCUGAUAAGUUACUGUAGCGCCAUUAAGGGUCAUUAAGCUGUCUCCACAACUUCCUCAAGAGAAACAAGGUUCUCUGUUUAGUCAGAGAGCAACUCUUUUACAGAUCAAGAACUGGGCAGAAUGGAAGUGAAGGUGUCUGUCAAAGGCAUCCCACGUGUUGUGUGUGGAGUUACAGAGGAGACAACGUGUCAAGACGUGGUGCUAGUGUUGGCUCAGUCCCUUGGGCAGCCAGGACGCUACACCUUGCGAGAGAAGUUCAAAGACUUUGAGCGGUGCAUGACUCCCGAUGAACGACUUCUGGAGACAUUGAAGAAGUACGGUGAGCAGGCCAAGGAGGUCCAGCUCAGUCUCCAACACAGCGGCCUCUCCGCUUGGGAUGAAAUGGGCAAAGUAAAAGUUGGCAGAUACCAGCCUUGUCCGCCACUGAGACGGAAAGACGUUGGGCCUAAAAUGCGGAGAGGGAGCGGCUCCCUAAGCUUGCACCGCCAAAGCUUGCCUCCAUUGACCUGUUUGAGAGAAGAGGCUGAGCAGAAGAAAGACACCCUGAAGACGCCUAGAAGAAAGUCUCUGACUCUCAUGGAGGAGGCCUGGGAAUGGCUGGAAAGUCUUGGCAAAGGAAAGGUCUACAGUACGUGUGACAAGCCAAGCAAGAAGAGGAUUGAUAAAAGGGGACAGGCCGCUUUGGAUUUGUCCCUUUUUGUCACAAAAGAACAUCAAGAUCAAAGCAGCAAAUGUACAGACAGAGGUCAGAAAAGUUCAAAAUCAGACUUUGACCAUCAAACAUCCUGCUGCAUCAGCAAUCAGACCAAGGAGAAAAGCAGGCGCUCAAAGAACACCCAAGAGGUAAAAUCUGACCUGAGCACCUCAAUCUGCGCAGUGGUAACCGAAGAUGAGAAAAAUCGCCUUAGAGACUCAAUCAUAUGUCAGCUGCUGUGCUUGCAGGAUUUACAAGUCCAGAUAACAAACACAGACAAACAGAUUUUGGACCUCGAGCAAAAGCAGAAAGCCAAAAGAGCUGAAGAAGAAGUCCAGGAGAGGCUUGUGGCUGAGGAGAUGGAAUACAUCAACUUUUGGGAGAAUGAACUGAAAGCUGAGGAGAGUUACGAGAAAGAUUUGCAGCGUCAGUUCCUCGAGAUGAGAGCCAAUGUUGCAGAUUGCAAAGCUAAACUGGAGGAGUACAGGCGCAAAAUGCAGGGCUUGGAUUUUUUUGGCAAUCUGAACGUUGCUCAAGAAGACCGGAGGGUUUUAAAAGCUCAUGAAAAAGUCGCAACCAAGAUGUCUGACAGCUCAAAAAAGGAAGAAAAUCUGGAAGGAUACGAGUCCAGUGUGGAAAGAAACAUCAACAGGAAGUUCCUGCCCAAAGAGCACAGCACCCCUCAUGCUCUAGUUCCUCCAAAUCAGAUAAGAGAGCGGCGGCCCACGGGACCCACCGAGCUGAGGGAGUGGUGGAAGCGCUGGUCAGAAGCUCAAAAAGCUCCACCCCAGGAUGAAAGGAAGGUGAUCCACCGCUCUGAGCUCACCAUUUACCUGAGGAGUACCAAGGUUUAGGACCAGCUCACAACAAUCCAAACUCCCGUUUGUGACAUCACCAUGAGAUCUCGAUCAGGACGUCUUCAAUGAACCAGAGCGAGAUUAUUCUGCUUUCACUGCUAUAAUACGGGUUCGUGUUUACGCUCUAAAAGCUUUAUUUUCACUGCCAUUCUUCAUGCACCUGGAACUUUGUGCAUCACCAAACACAUAACUGAUUCUCUAAUUUUACUUGUGUGUACUUUGUAUCCAAUACUUUCUGAACCUGUUGGAUUACGGAUUAAAAGGAAUGAAUUUUAAAAAGACUGCUUUCUUGAUAACACAAGUGUGGCAUUAAUAAGCCCCGGUUAAAGCUCAAAUGUCCAAAAAAUACAGCUGAUCACAAUUUAAACUACAUUCUCAUGUUCUCUUU